UAUAAGGGUAUACCAUGUAUGUAGGUAUACCCUAUUUAAAUUUGGCGCGUCUAUCGACUGUCUGUGAUCAGUGACAUUGACAGAUGACACUAUAUUAUAUUUGUCAAAUGUCAUCUGUCACUUUUAAGAGGGAAAAAAGCGUAAAGUUUUUCGGUCGUUAGAGGUUAUUUCUUUUUAUUUCGAAACUAUUUAAUUACACCAAGACAAAUAAGGAACAUUUAAUGUCGUUUUUCUGUUUUCAGAGCAACACAUAGUUUCAUUUGUCUAAUAUAAUAUUAUCGUCUUAUAAAACGACAUUAUUGAAGACGAAAAAUGGAAAAGUUACGAUUCACGUUUGCAGUAUUAGCAGCAUCGGAUAGCAAAUCUAAUAUAAUUUGCAUAACUUCAAUCGAAACACCUGAUGGACAUGUAUUUGACAUUCCCGACGAUUUGAAGCCUGCGAGCAAGCACACUGCUAUAACUACAACGGAUAUUUUCACCAAAAUCAAGAAUUCUCUAAAAAAGAGACAUCAGUCAAGGAAAAUAUGGAUCCCCUUAACCCAAGACUUGAGAACAAUUUACCUGGAUGAUGGUGAUAAUGUACAAUUUGGGGAUCAGUAUUUAAACGAAAUUACACAAGAAUCGAAGCUUUCAGAUAAUAAUACAGAGAUAGGUAAUGAAAAUAAAAAUUUAGGAAAAUUAGCAGAAAGAUUUUUACUCGAGAAGUUUUCAGGAAAAACAUCAAAUGUUAACCAAUGGAUCGGUGAAUUUGAGAGUGAAUGUUUACGUUUUGAUAUAAUAAAGGAUGCAGAAAAAAUCGAGACUUUAAAGCAUUUACUUGAAUGUAGGUGUCUGGAUUGGUAUACUAGUAUGUUAAUAAAAUUUUCAAUAAACGCAGGAUGGGAUACAUGGAAAACUAAUUUCUGUGAAACAUAUGGUAACCCGGGUUGGUCACAAAUUAAAUAUGCAUUUACAUUUAAGUUUCAAGGAGGUUCGUUACUGGAUUAUGCCACGAAAAAAGAAAGAUUAUUACUAGAAAUAAAUAAAGAAAUUGACACACAGACAUUGAUUAAUCUUAUUGUUAUGGGUCUACCGGAUUAUAUAAUGUUCAAAAUGAACAGGGAAUCUAUAACAUCCACUGCAAAUCUUUUCAAUGAAAUUGGUAAACAUGAACAAACAGUCAAUAAAAACAAUUACAAUAAAUUCAAGAGAAAUAUUUUAGAAAAUAAAGUAAAGAGUGAUAAAAUUAAGCCUUGUAAAUUAUGUGAAAAGCUUAAUAAAGGUACCCGUUUCCACUUAGAAGAAAAAUGCUGGUUUAAACAACAAACUGAUAACCACGAGAACAGGAGACACUAUAGUAAGAAUGUAAAUAACAACAUAUUAGAUGUUGAAUUAAAUGAUAAUGAGCCAAAAAACGAUUAUUAACACCAUUAAUUAAAGUGAAACUAACAUUAGAGGAUAAACUAGACAUAUUGGGCAUAUAUGAUUCCGGCUCUAAUGUUUCAUUAAUAAAUUCUGAAUUAUUGAGAAUAACGAAGAAAAAAAGAAAAUACAAUAAUACAAACCUAAUAACAAUUAAUGGUGUUAAAAAGACAAAAGGUUCAACAACAAUCAAGAUUAAAAUAUUCAAUAAAGAGAAAAAAAUUGAGGUUUAUAUUGUAGAUGGAAAAGACUUCAAAUAUGAUUUUCUUAUUGGACUUGAUAUUAUAAAAGAGUUUAAUUUAAUCCAGAAUGAAAAUUUGGAAAUCAAACAGAAAUCUAAAGACAAUUCUACAAUUGACGAACCAUGCUUAGUAAACAAUAGUAAUGAAAAUGGAUAUAAAAAGGUAUUCAAUACUGUGAAUUUCAAUGAACAUAUCAAAGAACAAGAAUUUACAAUGGAUUUGAGUCAUUUAAAUAGUCAACAAAAAUCAGAAAUAAAUAAACUGAUUGAUAAAUAUAAAUCAUGCUUUGCAAAGGAUAAGUAUGAUAUUGGCACAGUAAAAGAUUAUGAAGCACGCAUUGAUCUACUUGUGGACAAAUACUUUAGUAAAAGACCGUACAGAUGUUCAAUACAAGACAGGUUAGAGAUAGAAAAUCAAGUAAGACAAUUGCUUGAAAGAAAUCUUAUAGAAGAAUCAUACAGUCCAUUUGCAGCACCAGUAACCUUAGCUUUCAAAAAAGAAGACAACAAAAAAACUAGAUUGUGUAUUGAUUUCAGAGAGUUAAAUAAAGUGGUGAUACCGCAAGCUCAACCAUUUCCUUUGAUUGAGGACUUAGUAACAAAAACCAGAAAUUGUAAGUACUUCUCAACUUUGGAUAUAAACUGAGCAUUUUGGUCUAUUCCCUUGCGAAUUGAGGAUAGAAAGAAAGUUGCAUUUGUUACUAAUGAAGGUCAUUACCAAUGGACAUGCUUACCGUUCGGUUUGAAAACUUCUCCAGCCAUAUUCCAAAGAAUAUUGAGCAACAUACUUAGAAAACACAAAUUAACAGAUUUUGCAGUAAAUUUCAUUGACGAUAUUUUGUUAUUUUCAAAAUCAUAUGAAGACCACAUAAAUCACUUAUCACAGCUUUUAGAAGCAAUACAAAAGGAAGGUUUUCGGCUUAAGUUUACAAAAUGUCGAUUUGCAACAAAUUCAGUAAAGUAUCUUGGACAUAUAAUACAAGAUAACACAGUAAGACCAGUAAGAGACAAUCUUGUUUCAAUUAGGGAUUUCCCAACACCAAAGAAUCAGAAAAAUAUUAGACAACUUCUAGGGAAAAUAAAUUUCUACCAUGAGUACAUACCUAAUGGUUCAAUAAUUUUAGAGCCUCUACAUAAUCUACUAAGGAAAAAUCAAAAGUUCAUUUGGUCAAUAGAAUGUCAAGAAUCCUUUGAGAAGAUAAAACAACUACUAUGCUCACAACCAAUUUUGGAAAUUUUCGAUCAAGACUUGCCAAUAAACAUAUACACGGAUGCAUCAUUACAAGGCAUUGGAGCUGUCUUGAAGCAGAUCCAGUUAAACGGUAAAGAAAAACCUGUAGCAUAUUUCUCGAAAAAAUUAAAUGAAUCCCAAAAGAAAAAGAAAGCUAUAUACUUAGAAUGCUUAGCUAUUAAAGAAGCAAUAAGAUACUGGCAGUACUGGUUGAUAGGCAAACAUUUCAGAGUGUAUUCCGACCACAAACCAUUGGAAAACUUAAAUAUAAAAUCAAGAACAGAUGAAGAGCUAGGAGAAUUAUCCUAUUAUUUAUCACAAUAUGACUUUGAAAUAAAAUAUGCACCAGGAAAAGAAAACUUAGAGGCAGAUUGUUUGAGCAGAAACCCUGUAUUAGAAGCGAAUAAAGAUAUACAUGAACAAUUAAAAAUAAUAAACUUAAUAUCUUUGAGUGAUAUAUUAACAGAUCAGGAGAAAAAUGAGAAUAUUCAAAAAUAUAAGAACAAUUUAACAUAUAAAAAUAAUAUAUAUUAUAAACGAAUAAAAAACCAAGAAAAAAUACUACUGUCAGAAGAAUUCAGUAUAAAGUUUAUGAAAUUAAUACAUGACAAUAUGUGUCAUAUAGGUAUAAAACAAAUGCAAAAUAAAAUAGGAAAGUUUUAUACGGCAAAGAAUUUAACUAGAAAUAUUACUGCUUUAUGUAAAAAGUGUGAAAUAUGUAUUAAGAAUAAGACAAGAGGACAAGCUAAAUAUGGUUUAAUGUCAUGCUUAGGCCCUCCCACAAAACCAUUUGAAAUUGUCUCGAUAGAUACGAUUGGAGGAUUUGGUGGGACUCGUUCAACGAAAAGAUAUUUACACCUUUUAGUCGACCAUUUCACUCGAUAUGGUUAUAUAGUAACCUCAAAGACACAGAGUGCAAAUGACUUUAUAAAACUUGUCAACAAGGUACCUAAUUGUAGUGAAAUAAGGAUGGUGCUUAGUGACCAAUAUCCUGGAAUUAAUUCAAAAGAAUUUAAAAUGUUUUUAAAUGAAAAAUCAAUCACUCUGAUAUUCACUGCAGUAAAUUCACCGUUUUCUAAUGGACUUAACGAAAGACUAAACCAAACACUUGUAAAUAAAAUCAGAUGCAAGAUAAAUGAAAAACAAAAUACUAAAGCAUGGACAACUAUUGCUCAUAAUUGUUUGGAUAAAUAUAAUAAUACGGAACAUUCAAUAACGGGUUUUGCACCAAAAUACCUAUUGGAUGGCACUGACGUUUCACUCAUACCAGAUGAACUUAAACUAGAAAAACAAUCAGGUGACUGGAUUAAAGACAGGAAAAUUGCAUUAGAAAGAACAAUUAAGUCACAUCAAUAUAAUAAAAUGAUAUUUGAUAAAAAUAGAACAAACUAUAAUUUUAAAAUAGGGGAUAUGGUAUAUGUUGAAAAUGGUCAUAAGCUAAAUAGAAGAAAGUUGGAUGAAGUGAGGAUUGGUCCAUUUAAAAUUGAAGAAAAACUAUCAGAAUCUAUGUACAAGAUUAAUACAGGUCAUAGAAGGUCAGAGUCAAGCCUGUUUCAUGUUACAAAGCUUGUUCCUGUCCCCAUACCAGGUGAAAGUGAGGAUUGAAGCAUUAAUGUUGGAGAAGAAGAGGAUCUUCGGGAAUGUACUUACCUAAGGGGGGGAGAUAUAAGGGUAUACCAUGUAUGUAGGUAUACCCUAUUUAAAUUUGGCGCGUCUAUCGACUGUCUGUGAUCAGUGACAUUGACAGAUGACACUAUAUUAUAUUUGUCAAAUGUCAUCUGUCACUUUUAAGAGGGAAAAAAGCGUAAAGUUUUUCGGUCGUUAGAGGUUAUUUCUUUUUAUUUCGAAACUAUUUAAUUACACCAAGACAAAUAAGGAACAUUUAAUGUCGUUUUUCUGUUUUCAGGUGAGUUAAUGUGUUCAUAAAUAUUGCGUAUUAGUCUAAUCAUUGUAAUAAUACUAAGGAAUAAAUAAUUCUGUUUUCAGAGCAA